GUAGCAGUCAAGACAUACACUAAAAAUACUGCAGUACGCAUGACAAACCAGUCACCAAUAUUAUCAUCAUCACACAUCGAAGCUUUCAGACACUGCUUUUUUAACUUUAUUUAUUUAUUUUUUUUAUCUUUAUUAAAAUGUCAUCUUCACCAAGCCAAAAUAGCCUUUUUAGACAACAGCAGCAUCUAUAUCGUUCAGCUCAUUUUUUAGCAAAAUCGAAACCACCAACAUUAUAUUCACCUCCUUCCAAUGAUGGGACAACAAAAGGCCGUAAAAGGCGAGCAUCUUAUGAGGAUGAAGAAAUGACAAAUAGCGAGAACAGUACUGAUUAUAAAACAAUAACACUACAUUCACUAAGAGAAGAUAAUAUACUUCACGCUACAAAACGUAAUCGAAUGAGCACAAAAGGAGGAUUUCCAAUCAGCAAAUUACUAGCUACAUUGGAUAAAGAUAAACUUAUUGAGUUAAUUAAUGAUCUUGUUGAUUCUAAUCCACAUUUAAAAAAUGAAGUUGAUGCCUUUAUACCUCCUCCUACUACGCAAUCAAUAUCUUUAGUUAUUGGAAAUCUCGAAAAGAAAUUAAUUGACAGUUUCCCUUAUAACAAGACUUCGACAAGAGAUGAUUAUACUUUCAAUAGAGUCAGAACAAUACUACUUGAUAUUGUUAAUACAUUAGUAGAAUAUGCUGAACAUUUUAUAUCUUCACCAGACGAACAUCCAACUACCUUAUUUUCUUAUCUUCAUUAUGCUACAACUGUUGCAAGUCGACUACCAGAAUGGGAUAACGAUGUACAUAAUCAAAUCAAAAGAGAUUUAAUGAAUGAAAUAAUAGAAUAUUGGAAAAAGGCUGUUAAUGUUGCAUCUUCUAAAAUAAACCAAGGAAAGAUUUAUGGCCAGCAGGUUGUAACAGAAUGGGCUAAAGAGCUUGUGCAGCACAAUAUAGAGACACAUGGACAGUUUAGUGAUGUUUUACAGCAAUUCACAGAAAAACUAGGCUGGAUUAUUGGUGUUGAUAACCCUUCUUUAUUAUCAUCUAGGAUUAACCUAUGGUGAUUUCUUUUUCUUUCUUUCUUUCUUUUCUUUUCUUUUCUUUUUGUAAAUAACAAUAUAUAAAUAAAAAAAAAAGGCAUGUAGC